AUGGUCCCCAAUGAAUCCCAUCAGUAUAUGGGGAUUAUCCAUUUGCUUAAGCAUCUUGGAUGGAACUGGAUUGGGAUCUUUGCUGUGGAUGAUGACAGUGGAGACUAUUUCUUGCAGGCCAUAGAGCCACUGCUUUCCCAGAAUGGAAUUUGUUCAGCUUUCAUACAAAGAAUCCUAAACCAAGGCCAUUUCCUUACCUAUCAUGAACUGGAUGAUAUGAGAUGGAGUAUUACUGUACCUUUCAUGGACAGAAAAGUGAAAUCAUUUGUCACCUAUGGUGAAACUAUGACCAUCAUGUGGUUGACCACCUUAGUAGCACUAUUAAUUCCUGAAUAUGAGGAAAAUUCAUAUCUUGGGAAAGUGUGGUUUAUGACAGCUCAGAUAGAUUUUGCUGUAACGUGCCUCAUAAGGAGAUGGAAUUUUCAAAUAUUCCAUGGCACCAUAAGCUUUGCAAUUCACUCAAAUGAACCUCGAGGGUUCCACACAUAUCUCCAGAACAUUGAACCUCACUCAUCACAAGAAGAUGGAUUUUUCAAGGUUUUCUGGGAGCAGGUAUUUGAAUGUUCUUUUCCAAAUUCCAAGUUGCAAGCCAAGUUUGAUAAAACAUGUACUGGAGAAGAGAGACUGGAGAGCCUCCCUACAUCUGUUUUUGAAAUGAGCAUGAGUGGCCACAGCUACAGUAUCUACAAUGCUGUCUAUGCUGUAGCACAUGCUUUGCAAGCCAUGGACUCAUCUUGGACCAAAUACAAAGCGAUGAUGCAGGAAGAAAAGUUUGACCUUCACAAUCUUCAACCUUGGCAGCUCCACCCAUUUAUCCAAGGCAUUUCAUUUAACAACUCAGCUGGAGAAAAAGUGUCUUUUAAUGACCAAGGGGAAUUUGUAGCCAGAUUUGAUAUAGUGAAUAUGGACCUAUUUCCAAACAAUUCCUUCCUGAAAGUAAAAGUAGGAAUGGUGGACCCCAGUGCUCCUGAAGGAAACCAAUUCACCAUUAAUGAGGAUAUCAUUGUGUGGCACAGAAGCUUUAACCAGGUGAUGCCAAUUUCUGUAUGCAGUGACUCUUGCUACCCUGGUUAUCAGAAGAAAAAGAAGGAAGGGAAGACAUUUUGCUGCUAUGAUUGUGCUCCAUGCCCAGAAGGAAAGAUCUCAGACCAAAAGGACAUGGAUGAAUGCUUCAAAUGCCCAGAAGAUAAAUAUCCAAGCCAGAGUAAAGAUAGUUGCAUAACCAAAGUGAUAAACUUUCUGUCUUAUGGAGAACCUUUAGGGAUCACAUUUACAGCACUUGCUGUUUCUUUCUCACUCAUCACAGCUUUUGUACUGGGAAUUUUUAUUAAACACAGAGAUACCCCUAUAGUCAAAGCCAACAAUCGGGACAUCAGCUACGUUCUCCUUAUCUCCCUCCUCUUCUGCUUUGUCUGCUCUUUGCUGUUUCUUGGUAGACCUACAAAGGGGACCUGUUUUUUCCGUCAAUCUGCAUUUGGCAUCAUCUUCUCAGUGGCUGUUUCUUGUGUGUUGGCCAAAACCAUCACUGUAGUUGUUGCUUUCAUGGCCACCAAACCAGGAUCCAGGGUGAGGAAGUGGAUGGGGAAAAGACUGACCAACACCAUUGUUCUAUCCUGCACUCUUCUUCAAGUAGGCAUUUGUGUUGUGUGGCUGGCAAUCUCUCCCCCAUUUCCAGAUUUGGCCAUGCAUUCACAGACUACAGAAAUUGUAGCAGAAUGUAAUGAAGGGUCUGUUACCAUGUUUUAUCUUGUCCUGGGCUACAUGGGACUUCUGGCCAUCAUCAGCUUCACUGUGGCAUUCCUGGCCAGGACGUUGCCAGACACUUUUAAUGAAACCAAGUUCAUCACUUUCAGCAUGUUGAUGUUCUGCAGUGUUUGGGUGUCUUUUGUCCCAACCUACCUGAGCACCAAGGGGAAAUACAUGGUGGCUGUGGAGAUCUUCUCCAUCUUGGCCUCCAGUGCUGGGCUGCUGGGUUGCAUCUUUUCACCCAAAUGCUACAUUAUUUUGCUGAGGUCAAACUUGAACAUUAAGGGGUAUGUGAUAAGGAGAAUAAAUUGA